ACGCGGGUCCGGAGAGUCUGGACUGAAGAGGAUUACUGUAUUACAGAAGCUUAAAGUUGUUCGAGGAUCUUGUUUGAGCUCCGUCAGCUCCAACGAUGCCAGGACCAGGACCUCACACAAUGUAUACAAUUGGGUUUGGAGUUGGUCUGAUGAGUCUUUCUGAGGGAAGAUUUAGUCCUCAACACUGUAUCAUCUACGCUACAAAUGCCUUCUUAGGUCCAGAUUUAGGUUCUUUCUCUGAAUGGCUUACUUCAACAAUUGGAUUUGGUCACAACUUGGGUUCUUUAAUCAUGGAUACCAUACAUCACCCUUUCUACUACAUCUUAAUUCUGGGGUUUCCUUUAUCCUUUUUCUACUCUUGGAUUUCAAGAAUUUUCCUUCAAAAGGGCAUACUUGAUUCCAUUUCUGGAGUACCUCUUAAUAGACUUCAAUGCUUACUAUUGGUGUCUGCUGGUUCUAUAUCACAUUUUUUCUUAGACCAUUUGUUUGAGGAAAACGGUCAUUCUUCGAUGUAUACUUGGAUAAUGAGUACUGGUUGGUGGAAAGGUAGAGCUCCUGUCAACACGGAUUCCGUUGUUGUGGUAGGAUCCUUGUGUACCUGCUUAUUUGGAGGCUUCAUUUACAUCAACAGAGUGAAGCAAUCAAAAUCCUUUAGAACACAAUGGGUUCAAUCGGUGAAACUUAUUCUGGUUAUAGCAAGUUUGUACUGUGUUUGGUGUGCAAGUCAGCUAUACUUGAGGAAUCCUCCUCAACCAGCAGUGGGUGAAGAGGCAGAUCUUGGUGUUAUUGUGUUUCUUGCUAUUUAUUUAUUUCUCCCCCACAGUUUGUGUAUCAUGUCUAUGAACCCUAAAGAUAACCACCUUGACACAACAGAGCUCCCACUUUGACAUUCUUCCUAGUGUAGUGUAUUUUGUCAAAAAUGAUACUUUCAGUACACUAGUUAAGAUAAUUGUAUGUUGUCCAUCAGAAGUUCAGUUAUUAUGCGGUUCUUGUAUUUAUCA